AAAGAACCUUACGCUCAUCGUCCUCCGCCCCAGCAUGCCGCGUGACACCUCCAAAUGGACAAGACAAGGUUGACACUUCCGACCUCACUCGCAAUCAGGAUGGACGCCAGCUUCUUAGUCGUCUUCUCCGCUGUCCUGCUCACUUCCGUCCCGCUGUCUUCGUCCUCCUUGGAGCCUUACGACCUGUUAUACACGGACGCUUUGCGGGCGUUCAACAGCGGCGACUAUGACAGCGUGGUGCGCACCAUGGAGAAAGCGCUCAGCAGCUACACCACCGUGAAACGCUCCAGAGUCCGCUGCCGGCGGAGAUGUCAGGACCAGCAUCCGUUCUGGGACACCGUCUCCGACCUGGCCUUUUUUGAUGUGGUGCUGCGCAGAGCGUCGUGCAUGGACGAUUGCAUCGAGCAAGACAUCGGCGUGCAGUCAAUGCAUAAAAUCAGCGAGGAUGUCGUGGAGGACUUCCGCAGGCGGUCCCCUUACAACUAUCUCCAACUGGCUUAUGUCAAGCUGAAGCAGCCUGACCAUGCAGCGGCUGCAGCCCAUACCUACUUCCAGGCCAAUCCAGAACAUGUGGAGAUGAGUCAGAACCUGGAGCAGUACAAAGAUCGUCAGGGGGUCAAAAAAGAACACUUUGUUGACCGUGAAGCUCGGCCUCACCAGCAAUCCUUUAAUGGAGCUAUGAACUUGUACGAACAAGGCGACUACGCGGAGGCCAGCCGUCUCUUCGAGGAGGCUCUAGUGGAGUACUACAAAGCCGACAUGGAUUGCCGAGCCUUGUGUCAGGGGCCACAUGAAUUUGAGGGUCACGGUCACCUUGAUUACCCUUACAGCCUCUAUGAAGUUAUUUCAGACCACUUCACUCAGGUACUGAACUGCGAGCACGAGUGCGUCAGAGAUCUCGCCACCCGGCCGGGCCGCUUGUCACCUAUGGAAAACUACUUGCCACUGCACUAUGACUACCUCCAGUUUGCCUACUACAACAUGGGAAAAGUGGAAGAGGCGCUGCAGUGUGCACUCACGUACCUUUUAUUCCACGAGGGGGAGGAGUUCAUGACGGACAAUGUUGACUUCUACACAGAGCUGCUGGGAUACAGCGGUGCGCCACGAGAGGAGGCUGCGAGGUACCUGAGGAGGCACAAACAAGAGCUGGAGCUUCUUCUGAUUGGAAGUCAAACCAUGGGAGUGGACUUUAUCGAAGGGAAUUACUGGAGAAGCUCGGGUGGGAGAGCUGACACCACCAGUAUUCCUUCUGGCACGGACGGUGAGAUGGAGUAUGUUCACAUCGCACAGAAGAAGAAUGUCAGUGUGGCCCCAUCACAGCAACUUCAAGAAGGUGGGUCGUUGUUGCACGACGGUGUGAAGCUUGUGCACAACUCGGCCGACUUGAACGGGACUCAGCGGGUGUUGCUGGAUGAGGUUUUAACCGAGGACGAAUGCACAGAGCUCCGACAGCUGGCGCAGACGGUCACACUGGCUGGCGACGGCUACAACGGCAGGCAGUCUCCUCACACCCCCAAUGAGAAGUUCGAAGGAGCCACGGUGCUCAAAACCCUGCAGUAUGGCCACGAGGGCAGGGUGCCCAUGAAUAGCGCCCGCCUCUUCUACGACUCCAGCGAGCGAGUAAAAGACAUCGUUGCAUCCUACUUCAAGCUCAACUCCACUCUGCACUUUUCCUACACUCACUUGGUGUGCCGCACGGCCAUUGAAGGUCAGCAGGACCUCAGGAAUGACCUGAGCCAUCCCAUCCACGGUGACAACUGUCUGCUGGACCCCGAGGCCAAUGAAUGCUGGAAAGAGCCCCCCGCGUACACACAUAGGGACUACAGUGCACUACUAUACCUUAAUGGAGACUUUGAAGGUGGCGAAUUCAUCUUUACGCAGAUGGACGCCAAAACAGUUACUGCAACGGUGAAGCCCAAGUGUGGCAGGAUGGUGGCGUUCUCCUCCGGCGGGGAGAAUCCGCACGGCGUCAAAGCCGUCACUAAUGGGCGAAGGUGUGCUGUGGCUCUGUGGUUCACCUUGGACCCGCACUUCAGGGAAAUGGAGAGACUGCAGGCAGAUGAGGUGAUGCAAUCCUUGGUCACGCAGUCCGUGUUGACUCAGGGCCUCGACAUCAACCCCAAAGAUGAAUUGUAGUUGUAGCCUCCGCCUCAUCCGUUUGUUGAUGACAGUUAUUUAUUGUGGAAUUUAUCUUGGAAUCAGAAACAGAUCUAUUUUUGUACUAUUGUAAUUGCAGGUUUGGGAAUAUUUGUGGGUGGGGUUUUUUUUUUGUGAGUCUGCACACCUAUGCUGGAGUGUGUUCUUGCUGUGUGUUUGUCUUCUUCUAUGUCUCACUGAUCUGUGAAAGUGUCAAAGGGGAGAUUUUUUUUUUCCUGCUCCAGGUUGUUACUUUUGAGUUCAACACAUUGGUUUUAAUGAGGAGAAACACUAUGUGGAGUACAUCAUUCCAUCAAAAUGACUUAUACAGGUCGGUAAUACUUGACAAGUUGUCGGUACUUCCCGUGUCCAAAAUAGUUUUGUUUUGUAUUAUUUCCAUGCCAGUAAUUGUUGUCCUCAAAGUAGACAGUGCACUGUUUUCUCUUUUAGAUUAUUUUAACUAGCACUAUUUUAAAGAGAUGUGUUUUGAAUAUUUAUAAUAAUCAUGCACUCGGUACUUCUAUCUGUCAAUUUUGGGGAAAUGUAUCAGUAUUUUAUGUCGUCUUUUUAAUUUAUAUUUGAAGACGUUGACAGCUGCUGUCUGCGUUUGUUUAUGGGAAGCUUUUUUGUCUUAAAAGAUCAAUUUUUCCUGUUUCAAGGAAUUUGAUGUUUUAGGUUUUUAUUGAUAUACAGGUGAUAAGACAGAGUCAUGCACUGUAAAUUCAACGGGGAGGGGGGGGGGGGGUAUAUCUAUUGUCUGUUCUGCAGAGAUUCAGAGCUUUAAUCCGAACGGGUGAGGUUCUACACUUUUGUUUUCACUGAUAUUUAAUGAUGAAAUGCACAAAACUGUAUGUUUUCGGGACCUAAUAAAUUAUAGACAGUUAGGGUA